AUGCCUUCCUGUGGUUGCCCAGAUGUCAAGCUCGAGAGUGGCGAAACCCGUGCCUGCUGUUGCGCCCCUUGCUCCGAUGGAAACCUUGCCGGAUGUUCUUGUAACAAAGAAACUGGUUGUGCUUGCCCUUCAACCACCGAUGACCCAGAAGUAAGCGCCAAGAAAUGCGUUUGUCCACCUGGUACCUGUAAAUGCGCCAACUGUGCGUGUAAAAAGGCUGAGAACCAGGAGCCUGCGGUUGCCGGCCAAAAAAGCUGUUGCUCUUGA